CCCGCCAGGGGGCGCCGUCACCGCCGGGAGCGGCCGGAAGUGAGGCGGGCUGGGCGGGCGAGCGGCGGCGGCGGGAUGAACGCGCCUCCGGCCUUCGAGUCCUUCCUCCUCUUCGAGGGCGAGAAGAAGAUCACCAUCAACAAGGACACGAAGGUGCCUAAUGCCUGCCUGUUCACCAUCAACAAGGAGGACCACACGCUGGGGAACAUCAUCAAAUCGCAGUUACUGAAAGACCCCCAGGUGUUAUUUGCAGGGUACAAGGUCCCGCACCCGCUGGAACACAAAAUUAUCAUCCGCGUCCAAACCACCCCCGAUUACAGCCCCCAGGAAGCGUUCACCAACGCCAUCACGGAUCUGAUCAGCGAGCUCUCCCUCCUGGAGGAGAGGUUCAGGGUUGCUAUUAAAGACAAACAAGAAGGAAUCGAGUAAAAUCAUCCCCUUUAGAGGCAGACUGAUGUGUGUGUUAGUUGGAUGUUAUAUUUAAACCUCCAUUCAUGGCAAAUAUUUUCUCCCUUGUCCCACUUACGUUUAAUUUUUGACAGUAGCAGCGGUAUUUUGUGUCUUUUUUUUUUUUUUUUUAUACUAGACGGGCACUUUGCCAAGAGGAUAAAUGUCUUGUUUGAUUUGAUGGAUAAGUCAUUAAAAUGGUUUCUACUUUUCUAAUUGGAGCCUUCAGUCAAAUAUUUGUACUGGGCUGUUGGCGAGUUUAUUGUGAGCGUACUCUCAGGAUGAGAAACUGCUGUGUGAGGGGGUAGAUGAACCCUCUGCUUUUCCUUUUCAAAAAGUCUAGGCACUGCCAACUGAACUGGUAUUUUGUUUUAUUAAGUGUCGUUUCUAUAAAACAAAUGCACAAAUUGUGAAAACGUACAGUAAAAGAAACCAGAUGUUUACAAUGA